AUGGCGACGUCCCCAGCUCUCCUCUUCCCUUCUCCCUCCUCGGCGUCCUCGCCGCCGUCGUCGGCGCGGGUGGAGGCGGUGGUGCUCUUCAACGUCUGCGACAGCUACGUGCGGCGCCCGGACCAGGCGGACCGCGUCAUCGGCACACUCCUCGGCUCCCUCCUCCCCGACGGCACCGUCCACGUCCGCAACUCCUACGUUGUCCCCCACAGCGAGUCGGCGGACCAGGUCGCCAUCGACAUCGACUACCACCAUAACAUGUAUGCCUCGCACCAGAAGGUGAACUCCAAGGAAGUCAUCGUCGGAUGGUUCUCGACUGGAUUUGGUGUUUCUGGGGGAAGUACGCUCAUCCAUGAGUUCUAUUCAAGGGAAGUACAAAACCCCAUCCAUCUUACAGUCGACACUGGCUUCACUAGGGGGGAGGCUUCCAUCAAAGCCUACAUCUCAUCCAACCUGUCCCUCGGAGAUAGGCACCUCGCUGCGCAAUUUCAGGAAAUCCCUCUGGAUCUAAGGAUGAUCGAGGCAGAAAAGGCUGGAUUCGAGAUCCUGAAAUCUACCAUGGUAGAGAAGCUCCCCAAUGAUCUGGAAGGAAUGGAGUCCUCAAUGGAGAAGCUUUACAUUCUUAUUGAUGAGAUCUACAAAUAUGUCGAUGAUGUUGUGGAAGGACGUGUGGCACCUGAUAACAGAAUUGGAAGGUUCAUCUCUGAUUCUGUUGCUUCAAUGCCAAAGUUGUCCCCAGCUGCUUUCGAUAAGCUUUUCAAUGACAAGAUUCAGGAUAACCUUACGCUGGUAUACCUGUCAAGCAUCACAAGGACACAAAUCAGCAUCGCAGAGAAGUUGAACACUGCUGCUCAAGUGCUGUAA